AGAAGCUGGGUUUCUUUAGGAGAGCUAGGUGGAUUUGUUCUUUUUAUUUUUAACAGCCUCCUCUUUGAGACCUGCCAGGCACAGGCUGAGAGAAGGAAGAAUUUUGCUGGCUCCUCCCAGACUCUGGAUCCAGUGAUUCUCAUACAUGCAGGAGCAGAGGUAGAGAGUGUCUGGGGGAGAGAGACACACAUUGGAUUGCUCUACCUCUAUACACUCCAAGCCACAAACAAUGACUCUACAAUGGGCAUGCGAGUGAAUGCCUGCACCCCCCCGUUUUUUCAGAUCUGCUUGGAUAUAUUGAUUCUUUAACUGAACCAAGCGCUGGGGAUAUAGUCCUGGGUGUAAGGUGAACCAUGGAUAUGAAUUGGGAAUUGUGACUGACACGCGUUUGCCAGAUUGACAGACAGGUGGACAAGGACGCCGAGAUGAUGUGAUCAGAGGUCCCCAGGUACUGGUGACAGAGGAUGACUGGAUUGAUCUGUGAAUAGAAUCCUGUGACACAUUGUAUCUGUGCUGUAUCAGUGCUGUCUCCGGAGCCGGGUCAAACACUGGAUGUGAACUAUACCUUCUGCAAGUUGUCUCCUCCAGCAUCUCACCAUGAGCUCAGUGGCGGGGAAUAAAGAGAGGGUUGCUGUCACAACUAGGACCAGGAAAUAUGGGAUCAAUGAGGUCUGCUCCCCCACAAAAUCAUCAGCACCCUUUUCUCCAGAAAGCUGGUAUAGAAAAGCUUAUGAGGAGUCUCGGGCCGGUAGCAGACCGGCACCUGAAGGUGCAGGGUCCAUACCAGGUUCAUCAGGAACACCCUCACCUGGUUCUGGCACCUCCUCACCUGGUUCUUUCUCUGGUUCUCCUGGGCCUGCAUCUCCUGGAAUUGGCAACAGCUCUCCAGGAUCUCUUGGAGGAUCUCCAGGAUUUGGCACAGGUUCUCCUGGCUCUGGAAGUGGAGGAGGAUCAUCUCCUGGAUCUGACAGGGGUGUAUGGUGCGAAAACUGCAAUGCACGGUUGGUGGAGUUGAAGAGACAGGCUCUGAAACUUCUGCUACCAGGGCCACACUCCAGCAAGGAUCCAUCCCUGACGACUGUGAUACACGACAAGUUGCAAGUACCCAACACCAUCCGAAAGUCUUGGAAUGACAGAGACAACCGAUGUGACAUAUGUGCUACACAUUUAAACCAGCUCAAGCAGGAAGCCAUUCAGAUGGUUACGUCCCUGGAACAGUCAGCCAAUGUUGAGCACUAUGAAGCAGCUUCUCCGGGAUCUCCACCAGGGCAUUCUAACAUGCCAGCUUUGGUAGGACAGAGGCACAUGGGAAACCUUCAACCAAGAGAUUGGGUGUACAUGCCAAAUCCAUACACCACAUCUAGCUAUCCUGGCUUUGUUGCAAAUAAGCAUGCAGGAAAACCUAACAGCUUGGGCAUAGCCAAUGGUCAAGAUAAGAAAAAUGGAUCCCCUUCACACCAAGCCAAGGUCAGCAUUCAAAUGGCCACAAGCCCUAGCAAUGGCAACGUUUUGAACUCUGUGGCUAUACAAGCUCAUCAGUACCUUGAUGGUACAUGGUCUUUAUCAAGAACCAAUGGUGUGACCCUCUACCCUUAUCAAAUAUCCCAGCUGAUGACUGAGAAUGGCCGUGAGGGGCUGACAGAGGCAGCAUUAAAUCGCUAUAACGCUGAUAAACCAUCUAUAUACAGCUUCCCAGCAUCUCAUAGUACCUAUGUUACAAGCGAGACAUCUACAGGAACAUCAGUGGCAGCUUCAUUUUUUGCUAGGGCCGCUCAGAAAUUAAACCUGUCAUCCAAAAAGAAGAAGCAAAGAACCACCCCCUCUCUAGUGUCUGAGCCUCCGCUCUUCUCUACCAGCUUCUGUGGGAUUAUUCAGACAUGCCCACCACCUGCACCCCCAUGCCUAUUGAGAGCAGUCAACAAAGUAAAAGACACUCCAGGUUUAGGGAAGGUGAAGGUCAUGGUCCGAAUUUGUUCUACACUUGUAGGAGAGUCCACUGAUUCCAGUUCUUUUUUGAAAGCAGACCCACGUAAAAAACAGAUUACUUUGUAUGAUCCAUUGUCUUGUGGAGGCCAAAACACAUUUCAAAAGAGAGGAAGCCAAAUACCUCCCAAGAUGUUUGCCUUUGAUGCUGUCUUUCCUCAGGAUGCCUCACAGGCAGAGGUAUGUGCCGGUACCGUUGCUGAAGUCAUCCAGUCUGUGGUUAAUGGAGCAGAUGGCUGUGUGUUCUGCUUUGGGCAUUCCAAGCUUGGAAAGUCCUACACUAUGAUAGGUAAAGAUGACUCCAUGCAAAAUCUUGGCAUUAUCCCAUGUGCUAUUUCAUGGCUCUUCAAACUGAUAAAUGAACGAAAGGAAAAAACUGGAGCCCGCUUCUCAGUCAGAGUGUCAGCUGUUGAAGUUUGGGGGAAGGAAGAGAACCUAAGAGACUUGCUGUCUGAAGUGGCAACUGGCAGUCUUCAGGAUGGUCAGUCACCUGGGGUUUAUCUUUGCGAGGACCCAAUUUGCGGAAUGCAGCUCCAGAACCAGAGUGAGCUGCGGGCACCCACUGCGGAGAAAGCUGCCUUUUUCCUGGAUGCAGCAAUUGCCUCUCGAAAGAGCAGCCAGCGAGAUUGUGAUGAAGAUGACCAUAGAAACUCACACAUGCUGUUUACUUUGCACAUUUACCAGUAUCGGAUGGAAAAGAGUGGGAAAGGAGGCAUGUCGGGAGGCCGCAGUCGAUUGCAUCUUAUUGAUUUGGGAAGCUGUGUAAAAGUAUUGAGCAAGAACCGAGAUGGAAGCACUGGGUUUUGCCUUUCACUGUCAGCUCUUGGUAAUGUCAUCCUUGCACUGGUCAACGGCAGCAAACACAUUCCAUACAAAGAAAGCAAGCUUACAAUGUUGCUCCGAGAGUCACUGGGGAAUAUGAACUGCCGCACUACAAUGAUAGCUCACAUUUCGGCUGCCGCGGGUAACUAUGCUGAGACCCUGUCCACUAUCCAGAUUGCCUCCCGAGUACUCAGAAUGAAGAAAAAGAAAACCAAGUACACAUCAAGUUCAUCUGGUGGAGACAGUUCUUGUGAAGAAGGACGGAUGCGAAGACCAACUCAGCUGAGACCAUUUCAUUCAAGAAAUGUUGUUGACCCUGACUUUCCUCUUCUUAACCUGUCCAGUGACCCAGAUUACUCAUCAAGCAGUGAACAGUCUUGUGACACAGUUAUUUAUGUGGGACCCAAUGGAACCGCCCUAUCAGACAAAGAGCUCACUGACAAUGAGGGUCCACCUGAUUUUGUACCCAUAGUCCCAGUUUUACAAAAGGCAAAGAAUGAACCAAAAUUGGAGGAAGCUGUAGAGGCAGUUCCCAGCAAACCAGAAAGAGAUUGCCUGAAGUGUAAUACUUUUGCAGAGCUGCAGGAGAGAUUGGACUGUAUUGAUGGCAGUGAGGAAACAAAUGGGUUCCCCUUUGAAGAACUUCCUGUUCAAUACAGUGAUCAAACAAAUAAAUCCUUUAGUCAAGUAGCAGAAUCUAAAAACACACCAGAAACCAAUAAAGAAGAAAGUGCUUCUGAAAACAACACUCAGCAACAUUCAGAUAAGGACAUUAGGGAUAGUAUAUCGGCAACAGCAUUAAAAAUACAAAGAAAUCAAUCCCCAGUACCUUCUGGACAUGUUGUCAACAAUUCUACCCCAUCCUCUCCUCGAAGUGUUACUGGUAGCUGUGGAGCUCAAAAUGGAACUUCACAAUUAUCACAAAGUAGUAGCUUACAGGGAAGUCGGGAAAGCCUUAACAGUUCUGGAUUUGUAGAAGGAAAACCAAGAGCCAUGGGGUCACCAAGACUAGGCAUAGCCAGUCUUUCUAAAACGUCUGAGUAUAAGCCACCAAACUCCCCUUCUCAGAGAUGUAAGGUCUAUACCCAGAAAGGAGUGCUACCUUGUUCAGCAACUCCACCAACUGGAAAUAAGGAAUCUUGUUCAUUUACUGCUGAAUCUUUGCCACAACCAGAAAUCCGAACACCUCCAGUAGGAAUGAGUCCUCAGAUCAUGAAGAGAUCCUUAUCAAAUUCAAGUAGCUUUUCUGCAGAAGCUGUAUUUGUAGAUGACCAGUCAACUAGUUCAGUAGAGUCCAAAAAGGAGGUUCUUAGUACCACUAUGGUUACUGUACAGCAACCUCUGGAGCUCAAUGGAGAAGAUGAGCUGGUGUUUACUUUGGUUGAAGAGUUGACAAUAAGUGGAGUGCUUGAUAAUGGCCGCCCUACGAGCAUCAUCAGCUUUAAUAGUGACUGCUCUGUGCAGGCUUUGGCUUCUGGAUCUCGACCUGUCAGUAUUAUUAGUAGCAUUAGUGAAGAUCUUGAGAGCUAUUCAACUUCAGCACCUGUUUCAGAAGUCAACAUUACACAGUUUUUGCCUCUUCCAAAGACUGGAAUGGAGGAAAAAUGCCAGGAAGGCAGCAGUAGACGUUCUUCUAUUAGUUCCUGGUUAAGUGAAAUGAGCACAGGAAGUGAUGGUGAACAAUCAUGCCACAGUUUUAUUGCCCAGGCAUGUUACGGCCACGGUGAAGCAAUGGCUGAACCUCCUAUUUCAGAGUUUACAACUGCACUGCAAAACAUUAGUGUUAUGUGUACAAACAGGCAGAAAUCUGCAAUAGACAAAGUAGUAAUGCAAUCAGAAACAGACGAAAGCCAAAGUAAAGUGUCUCCCAUUAAGGGCUGUAAAAUUUCAGCAGUUGGAAAAACCACAGUCACUAUAUCAAAUACCUCAAAUCUAAAUGGCUGUGAAAACUACUUGCCAAUGAAAACAAAUAUUACUGUUUUCCCCUGCAUUGCACUUAGUCCAUUUAAAACUCAGGAGACCAAUGAAUGCCUGACAGAUGUAAGUUUGUCUGAUAAGAUUCACCAGGCUGUAGUAAACAAAGAAGAUAAUGAUUGUAAAACUGAAACUAUUUAUGAGGAUCCUUGGCUAAAACGUGAAGAUGAUGUUAAAAGGGACAGUACCAAUUCUAAUGAUGGACAAGUGCAUGAAGUCCCAACUAAUCUACAUGAGCACGAUGGGUACACACAGCAAGGUAUAACAGAUCGAUCUAGUAGUAGCAGUGGAGAAGGAAGUAUCUCACCAUUGUCUGAUAACCUAAAAAGAAUCGUGGAUGGUUGCGAAAUGGCUUUUAACUCACAGAGUCAAACACAUUUUAGUGAUUAUUCCCGACGAGGCAGUCUUCAGAGGGGAUUAGAAAAGUCUUGCAAGCAAGAGGAACAAGAUAUAAUUACUUAUGAUACAGAUAACAUUAUUGCGGGUUCCGCUGCUGCUCAGUAUUCAUCCAAAUCUACCUUAGAAAGAAGAGUUGCCUCUCCCAAACAUUGUGUACUUGCACGGCCUAAAGGUACUCCACCAUUGCCACCUGUGCGAAAAUCAAGCCUAGAUCACAGAAAUAGAGCAAGUCCUCAACACAGUGCUAGCAGCCCAUCAAAACACUCUCUAUCUUCCUUACCUAGUCUUCCAGAUGAACUUAGUGGAAAGUUAGCAGGAUUCAACAUGGAUGCUAGAAGCAACAGCAGUAGUAAAUUAUUCAGUGCCAAACUUGAGCAGUUAGCUAGCAGAACCAAUUCACUGGGAAGGUCUACUGGAAGUCAUUAUGAGUGCUUGUCUUUAGAGAGAGCAGAAAGCCUCUCUUCAGUUAGUGCAAGAAUGAUCCUUGGUAAAGACAGUACUCUGCCAAGAUCUGGGAGAAGUGUGAAUCGGAGUUGUAUCCCAUCUCUAACUAAUGCCUCAUUGUCAGCUGGUGCUUCACCUAAAUCUAGCCCUUCAAAGAUAUCUGCAGUAAGUAAGCUUCUUCUUGCCAGCCCUAAAGCUCGUAGUCUCUCAGCCUCUACAACUAAAACAUUAAGCUUCUCCACAAAGUCUCUUCCACAGUCUGUAGGCAGAAGUUCAAGCUUGCCUCCAAAUGGGAAAAAUAUGUCUUGGUCAACACAAUCUCUCAGCAGAAGCAGAGGUUCUGGACUUGCUUCUAAGUUGCCCCUAAGAGCUGUGAAUGGUAGGAUUUCAGAAUUGCUCCAGGGAAAUGCAAGUAACAGGGGAGCUCAAUUACGUGGAAAUUCAGACUCAGAUGAGCGUGGCACUGUUCAUGGUGAAGAAAAACCCGUUGUGCACACUUUGCCUUCACCAUAUAGCAAGAUUACCCCUCCAAGAAAGCCUCACCGCUGCAGUAGUGGCCAUGGAAGUGACAAUAGCAGUGUGCUUAGUGGAGAGCUGCCCCCAGCUAUGGGCAAAACAGCUCUUUUUUACCACAGUGGUGGAAGCAGUGGCUAUGAGAGCAUGAUGAGAGAUAGUGAAGCCACUGGAAGUGGCUCUUCUGCACAAGACUCAAUGAGCGAAAAUAGCAGUUCUGUGAGUGGAAGGUGCAGAAGCCUUAAAACAUCAAAGAAAAGAUCCAAUACAGGAUCACAGAGGCGAAGGCUUAUUCCAGCAUUAUCUCUCGACGCAACAUCUCCUGUUAGAAAACCAGCCAACAGCCCUGGAGUACGUUGGGUAGACGGUCCUAUGCGUAAUGGGCAGCGCAGUCUGGGUGAACCAUUUGAGAUUAAAGUUUAUGAAAUAGAUGAUGUAGAGAGGCUGCAAAGACGACGGGGUGAAGACUGCAAGACAGUGGCACGUUUCAGUUCCAAACUGAAAAUCUUAGAGCAUCGACAGCAGAGGAUAGCAGAGGUCAAGGCCAAAUAUGAGUGGCUUAUGAAGGAACUGGAGAUCACUAAGCAGUAUUUGAUGUUGGAUCCGAAUAAGUGGCUCAGUGAAUUUGAUUUGGAGCAAGCCUAUGAAGUGGACUCCAUGGAAUAUUUGGAAGCUCUGGAGUGUGUAACAGAACGUUUGGAGAACCGUGUCAACUUCUGUAAAGCACACCUCAUGAUGAUUACCUGUUUUGAUAUCACCUCAAGGCGUCGAUAAAUGAAGGGGUUGUGGUGUGGGUGGGGUUCACAUAUGGUGAUGAUAAUAGUCUCGCAGCAAACUUUUGCCCUAAAAAAAUAUUUUCGCCCUUCCAACAACACCCAAAGACAAUGGAGCCAAGAUAAAGGAUGGACAAAGUGAUGUUGUAAUGUGACACAGAAUGUGACAUGAAGGGACAAGAAGAUGUUUUAUUGAGGAUCAACACAAUUGUAACCUCAACAAAUGCAUUCAAGCAAACUGUCAGAUUCCAUUGAGAUUUAAGUGAGCACUUUGAGAAACUUUAAAGGUUUUUUUUUGUAAAUAAAGACUGAAGGCAGAAGAGAGCUCUGUUUGCGCCAUUCCCUAAAUUGUGGAGGAUGAAGAAGAUUGGCCUGAUAGCUUCAAAAGUCAUGUAAAAAAAAAAAGGAUGAGGAAGAAUCCACAGUGAGACUGAUUAAGUGCCUUUCAAACCUUUACUAUCCAAACAUUUAUGUUCAUAUUUUAUUGUGUACAGAUGGUGCUAGAUAUGUUAAAAAGAAAAUCUGAAAAAAAAAAAUACCCACACAUUUUUUAAUGUAUUUGCAGCUUGUUUGCUAUGGUGUACAACUCUAUUUCUGACUUGCUGUUUUAAGUACUUGUGUUUGAUGCAAUGUUUCCUGAUCAGUACAGCACACGACUAUGCGUUAACUGUCCUUGUUACCAAUGUGUGGCCACAAAGGAUUUGUCACAUGGCUAGUAUCUGUUUAAAGCUUUUUUUGUGAUGGCUACUGAUUCCAUACUGCUUGUGCAUGCAUGUUUAGGUACACAGUAUUAAAUGUACAAUGGGCAGAGAUUCACACAGUAUUAAAAUAAUAAGAAAAAAAAAAAACAAAUGCAAGGUUGCAGGCCUCAUUUUUCAGAAUUUAUCAAGCUCCCAGAGUUUGAAUCGUAAACUCGGACCAUUUCAAAUCUACUACAUAUAGGACAUUUUAGCACUUAACGGAUUACAUGUGCAUUUGGGAAUGGUACAUAAAAUCGCUUACUUAAAAGGUAAUCAGUCUUGUGCAAUAUGUAAAUGUACAAUGUAUUUGAGAACUAAAACCUCCUUGAAAGACGAAUGUAAAUCUUCACACUGCUACUACUUUGGCUUAAAAGGUGGUAAAUAGUCUCCUCUAUUAUGUCCUAUAAAAUGUCACCAAUAUCAAAGUGUUCUCACUAAUCCUUUAGGUUAUUUUUCAGAUUACAGAGGAUUUCAGUCUUUUACAGAGCUAAGGAGAAGAAACCGUUGGUGGUAGCUGAAGAUAUAUUUUUGACGAAACCUCCUUUGCAGUAACCAGCUUCUGACCAUACGUAGUUGUGUUAGGCUAAGGGACUUUUUCCAUACGCCACCUACAACAAGAAUGAAUGAUUGGGAAGUUGUAUAGGCUUGUACGUUAUUAUAAAGAGCUUAUUCAACAACUUAGAAUUAAAAAUACAUUUUCACUUUCCUUCUUUCCAUUUCGUACCAAUCUUCCCUUCUUUGGGCAUUAUCAGUAAAGCAGUUACAGACUAUAGGGAUAUCAGAUUGGAGCAGACUGACAAAGCUUGAUUCGUUUUACUCCAAUGAUUCAUUGCAUGAAGAUGUCCAUAUCUGCAGCAAGAUAGUUAUUUACUUAUUAACUAAACAGUAAAUUGCAACGAGAACAAUACUGAAUUGGAAAAAUGUAAGCCAAAAUAGUAUAGUAGAUAAUUAUACUGAAUUAUAAUUCACUGCUUUGAUGAUACAUCUCUCUGCUUGUGCUGUUAAAACUCAUAAUGUCCCUUUGGUAAUAUGUUUUCUGCUAAUUUUAUUUUAUUUUUCACUCAGUACACCCGUAUGUGGCUGUGUUAGCGAAUUGUAAACUCACUAAUGCACAGUAAAGGUGGCAUGCAAUAAAGUUUUUUUUUCCUUGAUCCCAUUUGCCAGUCUAUCUUCAUUGCCUCACAGCACAUUAACUUUGAAUGAAAACAUGUAGUAGCCAUUGACAUCCUGCGCUGCCUCUCACAUA